AUGGACCCUAAUGAACAAGAGGGCAAUGGGGCUACAGCAGCUAUGGAAGAGCUCCCACCUCCGCCACCCAUCCCGGCAAAUGUUACUCCCAUAAAAGUUGAUAAUGAACCAGAAGUGAAAAAGGUCUUGCGGGUCCCAAUGGCCCGUCGUGGAUUUGGGACCAAGGGAAACAAGGUCCCGAUCCUCACAAAUCAUUUCAGGGUUAAUGUGAAAAACCUUGAAGGGCAUUUCUUCCAUUACAGUGUGGCUCUUUACUAUGAAGAUGGCCGCCCUGUAGAUGGAAAGGGUGUAGGUAGGAAAGUUCUUGAUCGUGUUCAUGAGACUUAUGACACGGAGUUGGAUGGCAAACACUUUGCCUAUGAUGGUGAGAAAAGUUUAUUCACCGUGGGCCCGCUACCACGAAACAAGCUUGAAUUUACCAUUGUUCUUGACACUGUGACAUCUAGUAGGAACAAUGGAAAUUCCAGCCCUGGAGGACAUGAAAGUCAAAAUGAGAGCGACAAGAAAAGGAUAAGGCGCCCUUAUCAGUCUAAAACAUUCAAAGUGGAAAUCAGUUAUGCAGCCAAGAUCCCUAUGCAGGCCAUUGCAAAUGCUUUGCGCGGCCAAGAAACUGAAAAUUCUAUGGAGGCUUUGCGGGUUUUGGAUAUCAUCUUACGGCAGCAUGCGGCCAAGCAAGGUUGCUUGCUUGUUCGUCAAUCCUUUUUCCACAAUGACCCAAAAAAUUUUGCUGAUGUUGGUGGUGGAGUGCUUGGUUGUCGAGGUUUUCACUCAAGCUUCAGGACUACCCAGGGUGGCUUAUCCCUAAACAUUGAUGUAUCCACAACUAUGAUAAUCCAGCCUGGGCCUGUAGCUGAUUUUCUCGUUAAUAAUCAGAAUGUGAAAGAUCCCUUCUCUGUUGACUGGGCAAAGGCGAAACGCACUCUGAAGAAUUUGAGGGUAAAGACAAGUCCCACUAACCAGGAGUAUAAAAUCACUGGAUUGAGUGAGAAGAGUUGCAGAGAACAGACGUUCACAUUGAAGUCGAAGAACAAGGACGAAGAAGGUGAGGAAGUGACUGUCUAUGACUACUUUGUCAAGCAACGCAAUAUUAAUUUGCGGUAUUCUGCUGAUUUGCCAUGCAUUAAUGUUGGGAAACCUAAACGCCCCACCUACAUCCCGAUUGAGUUAUGCUCUUUGGUGUCAUUACAACGUUACACAAAAGCUCUCUCAACCUUUCAAAGAGCAUCCCUCGUGGAGAAAUCACGUCAGAAACCGCAAGAGAGAAUGUCUGUUUUGAGUAAUGCUUUGAAAAUCAACAAUUAUGACGCCGAGCCUAUGCUAAGGUCUUGUGGCGUGUCCAUUAACAACAACUUUACCCAGGUCGAAGGGCGUAUUCUGCCAACUCCGAAGCUUAAAGUUGGUAAUGGUGAAGAUCUUUUUGCUCGAAACGGAAGGUGGAACUUCAACAACAAGAAACUUGUUGAUGCUAGUAAGAUUGAGAAAUGGGCUGUUGUGAACUUCUCGGCUCGGUGUGAUGUGCGUAACCUGGUCAGGGACUUGAUGAAAGUUGGUCAAAUGAAAGGAGUUACUGUGGAAGAUCCAUUCGACGUAUUUGAGGAGAGCCCUCAGUUCAGACGGGCUCCACCCAUUGUUAGGGUGGAGAAAAUGUUUGAGGAGAUACAGUCAAAGCUUCCUGGUCCGCCUAAGUUUCUCCUGUGCUUGCUGCCAGAGCGGAAAAACUGCGAUGUUUAUGGUCCCUGGAAGAGAAAGAACUUAUCUGAUUUUGGAGUUGUUACCCAGUGCCUGUCCCCUGGACGCGUAAAUGACCAGUAUUUGACCAAUCUUCUACUGAAGAUUAAUGCUAAGCUGGGUGGUUUGAACUCCAUGCUAGCUGGUGAGUUGUCCCCAUCAAUUCCUGUGAUAUCCAAGUGUCCCACCUUAAUUCUAGGGAUGGAUGUGUCUCAUGGCUCGCCGGGACAGUCUGAUAUUCCGUCUAUUGCUGCAGUUGUUAGCUCAAGGCAGUGGCCCUCUAUUUCUCGCUAUCGAGCUUGUGUCCGUACUCAGUCUCCGAAAGUCGAAAUGAUUGAUUCCCUUUACAAGCGUGUGUCAGACACUGAAGAUGAAGGCAUUAUGAGGGAACUUCUGCUUGAUUUCUACACUAGUUCGCAGAAAAGAAAGCCCGACCAAAUUAUAAUUUUCAGAGAUGGUGUCAGUGAAUCCCAGUUCAAUCAAGUGCUGAAUGUCGAACUAAACCAGAUAAUAGAGGCAUGCAAAUUCCUUGAUGAGAAGUGGUCACCCAAGUUUGUGGUCAUCAUUGCACAGAAGAAUCACCACACAAAAUUUUUCCAGCCAAACGCUCCUGAAAAUGUGCUGCCAGGGACGAUUAUUGAUAACAAGAUUUGUCAUCCCAAGAACAACGAUUUCUACUUAUGUGCACAUGCUGGGAUGAUUGGUACUACCAGGCCAACCCAUUAUCAUGUCCUGCUUGAUGAGGUUGGUUUUGCCCCAGAUGACCUGCAAGAACUUGUUCACUCCUUGUCGUACGUGUAUCAGCGUAGCACCACUGCUAUAUCAGUUGUUGCCCCGAUUUGCUAUGCUCACCUGGCAGCCACCCAGUUGGGACAGUGGAUGAAGUUCGAAGAGAAAUCCGAAACAUCCUCGAGCCACAAUGGGACUGUGCCAGCUGUUGUCCCCAUGCCCACGCUCAAGGAGAGCGUUCGCAACUCCAUGUUUUUCUGUUAG